AUGAGCACCUUUGGCGACUAUGAGGCAGUCCGACAGGAUAUUGCCUCCCUACUACAUCAGCCUGAAUACGAUGAUGGGUCUGCUGGACCAGUGCUCGUCCGUCUAGCCUGGCACAGUGCAGGGACUUACGAUGCUGAAACAGACACUGGCGGCAGCAACGGCGCAGGUAUGCGAUAUGAAGCCGAAGGUGGCGAUCCUGCAAACGCCGGCCUUCAGCAUGCCCGUGUCUUCCUUGAGCCUGUGAAGCAGAAGCAUGACUGGAUCACAUACGCCGACCUAUGGACGCUGGCAGGGGUGGUAGCUGUGAAGGAGAUGGGUGGUCCGGAGCUCGAGUGGAAGGCUGGUAGGACAGAUUAUGUGGACGACAGCAAGCUGCCACCUCGAGGCAGGCUACCAGAUGGUGCAAAAGGAGCCGAUCAUAUAAGGUGGAUAUUCUACCGCAUGGGCUUCAAUGAUCAAGAAAUCGUUGCGUUGUCUGGUGCACACAAUCUUGGAAGAUGUCACAACGACCGAUCUGGCUUCCAUGGUGCAUGGGUGCCCAGCCCGACUCGCUUCUCGAACACGUACUUCCGGCUGAUGCUCUCAGAGGACUGGCAUGAGAAGACCUUGGACAACGGUGUACGACAAUUUGUGCACUACGACGAAGAUCUUGACGAAGAGCUCAUGAUGCUGCCUACAGACAUCGCACUCACGGACGAUCCUGACUUCAGACCAUGGGUCGAGCUGUAUGCCAAAGAUCGAGAGCGCUUCUACAUCGACUUCGCGAAGGUAUUCGCCAAGCUCAUCGAGCUCGGCAUCACUCGAGACGAAAGUGGAAAGGUCGUCAAUGGCGACAACGUCCGAGGAGGAUAUCACGCUGCGCCGAAAAAGAGCCAAAAGCCUGGCAAGCCGUUGGGCAUGGAUCGAUACGGAGAGGCAGAGCCGUUGCGGAGGGAGAACGGAGCUUUCAGGGCGCGGUUGUAA